AUGCAGGAAAGAACCAUGGCGGCCACUGAGAUAGCUCGACAAGCGGGAGAAGGUGCACGUGGCGUCCCACUCUCUGGUCAUGUUGGCUUCGACAGCAUGCCGGACCAGCUGGUCAACAAGUCCGUCAACCAUGGCUUCUGCUUCAAUAUCCUCUGCGUGGGCGAGACGGGUUUGGGAAAGUCCACCCUCAUGGACACCCUAUUCAACACCAAAUUUGAGGGUGAACCUACACAGCACAAUCAGCCUGGAGUACAGCUCAAAUCCAACACAUACGAGCUGCAGGAGAGCAACGUUCGCCUGAAGCUCACUGUGGUCAACACUGUAGGCUUUGGAGAUCAGAUCAACAAAGAGGACAGUUACAAAUCUAUUGUGGAGUUCAUCGAUACUCAGUUUGAAGCGUACCUUCAGGAGGAACUGAAAAUUAAACGCACCCUGCACAGUUAUCAUGAUACACGGAUCCACGCCUGUCUGUAUUUCAUUGCCCCCACUGGACACUCGCUCAAGUCCCUUGACCUGGUUACUAUGAAGAAGUUGGACAGUAAGGUGAAUAUCAUCCCAAUCAUCGCCAAAUCAGAUGCCAUCUCAAAGAGUGAACUUGCUAAGUUCAAAAUUAAGAUCACAAGUGAGUUGGUGAGCAAUGGCGUCCAGAUAUACCAGUUUCCCACCGACGAUGAGACUGUGGCAGAGAUCAACUCAACCAUGAAUGGUCAUUUGCCUUUUGCAGUGGUGGGAAGCACUGAGGAAGUGAAGAUUGGGAACAAGAUGGUGCGAGCGCGCCAGUACCCUUGGGGAACCGUCCAGGUGGAGAAUGAGAAUCACUGUGAUUUUGUGAAGCUGAGAGAAAUGCUGAUCAGGGUCAACAUGGAGGACCUACGAGAGCAGACUCACACUCGCCACUAUGAGCUAUACCGCCGCUGCAAGCUGGAGGAGAUGGGUUUCAAAGACACAGACCCUGACAGCAAACCCUUCAGCCUCCAGGAAACAUACGAGGCCAAGAGGAAUGAGUUCAUGGGUGAGCUGCAGAAGAAAGAGGAGGAGAUGAGGCAGAUGUUUGUCCAGAGAGUCAAAGAGAAGGAGGCAGAGCUGAAAGAGGCAGAAAAGGAGCUUCAUGAAAAGUUUGACCGUCUCAAGAAGCUUCACCAGGAUGAGAAGAAGAAACUAGAGGACAAGAAGAAGGCUCUCGAUGAUGAGCUAAACGGCUUCAAGCAGAAGAAGACUGCUGCUGAGCUGCUACAGGCCCAGAAUCAGCAGGCAGGAAGCUCCGCCACACUCAAGAAGGAUAAAGAGAGGAAAAAUAAUCCCUGGCUCUGCACUGAGUAAUAUGGCUUUGAUAAGGGACCAGGCCCAGACUCUUUGGUUAAGCGGUACCCCAAGGCUAAGGGGAGGCAGUGUGGACCAAGCCCUCUGCGUUUCUCAUAAAUCACCUUGUUUUUUGGGCUCUUUCUGCAGCUUUUACUAACAUUUGUAUUUAUUGUGUAACCAAAACUUUUGCUUAAGGCUGUGCUUUUUGCGGUGUGUGAUUUUUAGAUGCAUUGUGUGACUAAUAUGCUUAAAGGAAAUAGUUCACCCCAAAAAUCUAAUUUGUGAAACCUUUAAUCACCUCAGGCCAUCCAGGAUGCAGAUGAAUUUGAUUCUUCAUCAGAUCAGAUUUGAAUAAGUUGGCAUUGCAUCACUUAUUACAUCUCAUCAAUGGGAUCCUCUGCAGUGAAUGGGUGCCGUCAGAAUGAGAGUUCAAACAUCUGAUCAAAACAUCACAAUAAUCCACGAGUAAUUCACACCACUCUUGUUCAUCAGUUAGUUUUCACCCAUUCACUUCAGAGAAUCCAUUGCUGCACUAGUAAUGCAACGCUAAAUUUCUUCAAAUCUGUUCCGAUGAAGAAACAAACUUCAGUAAACAAGAGAGGGCAAUUAUUAAGGGUGUGAAUUAUUUCUUGAAAAUGUGUGCCUCUUCAGAGAGUUGAGGAGGGAAAAUGCAAUUAUUAUGAACACUGUCCCAGUUAAUCUGUUUGAUUCUUCACUAAAUAUUAGAUUAGGUUAAUGUUGACCACAGUUUUAAAUGGAAAAUACAAGAUGAGCUAAUCUAUGCACGUUUAAAAGCUAAUGCACAAUGCAUUUGAAGCAAGGCAGAAGGACGGUGUGUUCCUAUCCACCCACAUUCCGAAUGCUUCAUGCUUUUGGCUGGCAAAAGAAAAUACAGAGUGCCCAUUUCCAAUUGACUGAUAUAAACUUGUCUUCCCACUGGUGCUGUCCAGUUCAGUGGCCUCCUGAUACUUUCUCUAAUCCGCGUUUGUCUCCUCUCUUC